AUGUUAUUUUGGAAACUCAAAUUGUCAAAAUCAAUGCGCGGGAGCCACAACUCCGGGAAUAUUGUCAAAAAUGAUACAGCCUGUGUAUGUCAGUGGUCUCCAGAAGAGCAGCUAACCCUUGAAGAAGAGUUGUAUCAGAUCCAACAACAAAAUCAAGACAUCACCGACAUUUCUUCCAUUCUCAAAAUAUCUUCAAAAUUCCCGUCCAAAUCGAUUCAGCAAAUUACAAGUCGAAUCAAGUGGUUACAAAUGAGUCAGCAAAUCCGUCCUCAGUGGGAGGUGUUUUGUCAAAACGAGAGUUUUUACAUCCAAAAAGCAAAAAUGAUGCCACAGACAACUCGAUUUCUUAGUCCGCGCAGUGGACCAAAGGACGUGUAUCUUCCUUCGACCAUUCAAGCAACCGAACCAAUCCGGAGGAGAAGCUAUUCGAUGGAAGAAAAAACGACAUUGUCGCCACGCCAACCUUCAAUCAUGAUCGGCUCAAACAAUUCUCAGAAUUCCCCACGAGUGUACCACGCACCUCCCCCAGUCACAUUCACAAUUCCUCAAACAACUAAUAUGGAUUGGGCAAAGAAGUUGAUUGAUGACAACGAAGUGAUUCUUGGCGAACUCCAAAGUUGUGCAAACGUUCCUUUAUGCACUUCUUUUAUACACAACGGCAAUACAAUCCUCCAAUUAACCAAUUUGGCGGUUCAUGGCGUUCUUCCAUUCUUUUCAAAGGAGUUGCUCCUUUUCGACGAAGCUAAACGUGCUGGUGCGCCACCUUAUAUCCAGAGUACUAUUGGAUUUAAGUAUCAACAAGAACUCCCAAAAACAAUAGCGGUCAGGCAGCAACAGUCGGUGAGUCUUCCUGGGAGUUCAUUGUCGCCAAUGUCGUCGCAGAAUGGUUCACUUCAUUGA